AUGCUGAACAGCACCACCUGCGAUGAGGGGACCGGAUCUCCGCGCUUCCGCUUCAUGGACUUGCCACUCGAACUACGCGAUAAGAUAUACGAAGAGCUCCUCUGCAAAUUCAAGGCAGCACCGUCUUAUGGCGUCAAUGAUGUUGUCCAGCACAAGCCUUGUGACUACUACGUCCGCAACAUUCACACAAACAUCCUGCAAGUCAACAGGCAGAUUUAUCACGAGGCUUACCCUAUCAUGGUCAAAAUCAACCGCUUCAUCCACGUCAAGUUCUUUGGUGGACUGCCCCUCGAUCACAUGCUCGAGACCUCUACUCGGCGCGUCAUCUGUCAUCACAAAGGCGCGGUGGAAGCUUUCAAGGGUUUCACCAUGGCUGUGUCAGUUACGCCUGAGGGCGUAGCCUGGUUCGAUCCCGAAGAUCACUUUCUUGUUGCCAAGGCCAAUAAGGUCGCUACGCACUGCAUGAUCCUGGGGGAAGACUGCGCGGGCUUGGUUAGAACGCUGGGUAAUGUGCACAUGCCGAACCUGGGAAAGACACUGGAUAUCAGUCUGGCUGUGGCGCCUUAUCUCAAUGACAGAUCUAUCAUCGAGAAGGAGUCGCUCCAGCCGUUCUUCAAUGAAGAGGGAACUCAAGAAAGUCUUCUAGCCCCGUUUCGAGAGAAGCUACGCGGUGUGGAGAACGUCAAGAUCACAGGGGUGGAACCAAGCCUUGCAAGCGCAGUGAAGGAAGAUAUAGCCAAAGAUGAGUGGACUGAUCCGCAGGCCGUCCUUAUGGAUCUUCAAAUCGCCAAACAACGCGGAAACGACUUCUUCAAGGCCAAGGAGCUGCGUAAAGCCUCACAAACAUGGGAAGAAGCAGUGAACGACAUCGAACGCAUCCACCAGAGCAGUUCCUGGAAGCGUCUCUGUGUCUUGGGAGACACGGCGUUCAUCGACGCUGUGGUUGAGCUCUACUUUCUGAUUUGCCUGAACAUCAUCCACGUCCAGCUCACCGGGAUUGAAAAACCGAUUCGCGGAUACCCCCGCACGCACGACGCCUACGUCUAUCUUUCUCUUGCAGAACAGCAGAUUGAUCGGGUCAUGAACGCGCGCCAGUCUGAUUGGUGGAGGAGAGAUUACGUUUGGGAGCCCUCGGAAGUGCAGCUCGCCAAAUUUAUGUUCAGAUGGGCGAUGUGUAUGAAAGCGGGUUCUUUGCUCAGAGACCAGCCGCGAGCUAUGUUGGAUGCGUUGAGGACAUUAGAAAUGGCCAAGCAUCUCGUCCCAGAUGAUGCCGCCAUUGAGAGAGAGGCGCAAAAGGUAGAACUUGAGUACGACAGGAUGAUAGCGUCUAUGACGCAGGAAGAGUUAGAGGUGAGCGGGGUCAUUUCUGACAUUGAUUUUGACGACGAGGAUGAAGAUGAGGACGAAGAUGAGGAUGAAGAUGAGGAUGACGAUUGGGAAGACGAUGAUGAGUUCGAUGAUAUGCCGGCUUUAAUGAGACAGGAUGAAACGGACGACGAUUAUUCGGAUAUGCCAGACUUGGUGUAA